AGCAGUGCGGGGGCGGGACGGAAGCCUUGUUGGGUCAGAUCGUGGCGACGCGGGAAGUCUGGACGCCGUAGCAGCCUGAAGAGGAGGCCUGAGGCGGAGACGUGGGCCCCGGCGGCGGCGAUGGCGGAGAGGCCCGAGGACCUAAAUCUCCCCAACGCCGUCAUCACCAGGAUCAUCAAGGAGGCGCUCCCGGACGGUGUCAACAUCUCCAAGGAGGCCCGCAGCGCCAUCUCCCGCGCCGCCAGCGUCUUCGUGCUGUAUGCCACGUCCUGUGCCAACAACUUCGCGAUGAAAGGGAAACGCAAGACACUGAAUGCCAGUGAUGUGCUCUCUGCCAUGGAGGAGAUGGAGUUCCAGCGGUUCAUCAACCCGUUAAAAGAAGCUCUGGAAGCAUAUAGGAGGGAGCAGAAAGGUAAGAAGGAAGCUUCAGAGCAAAAGAAGAAGGACAAAGACAAAAAAACAGAUUCAGAAGAGCCAGACAAGAGCAGGGAUGAGGACAACGAUGAAGAUGAGGAAAGACUGGAAGAAGAAGAACAGAAUGAAGAGGAGGAAGUGGACAACUGAAUAGGGUGGGGGAGACUGUGGCACUUUGGAAGGUACCACUCUGAAACAUGGUACACGUUUGUGUGAAGCUUUUCCCUGCUGGGCAGAGUAGUCUUAGGCAGAAGAGCCUGAGGAGAUCGAAACAAAAACUGACUACAAUUAUCAAAACCAGCGCUUCCCACACUCAGAGCAUCUGAGUAGCAGAAUGCUGUUGCUUAACCAUUCUGAAGGUUAUGACUCUUUGGCAAGAGGGAUUUUGAACGGCUAAUUUAGUCAAUUUGAUCUCUCUUGUUUUACGUGUAUAUAUAUGGUUAGACAGUUUUCGAUCCCCAGUUCCCUUCCAUCCCUGUGGAAGUUCCCUCCCCUUAAAAAAGUAAUAAUAACUUCUGUACUGCCAGCUGUGUUCCAGAUCACAGAGGCAGUCAAGGCUCAGGAAAAAUUGGGGCUUUGAUCAUGGUCAGCCUGUUUGAUUAUACAAUGUUUGGCAAUACUAGGUUACUACAAGUGGUCAAAAUGGUUUAGCUUUAGGAAACUACUAAAAGAACAACGAAAUCUGUUCCAUUGUCUCUUCAGUUGACAGUAACAUUGAUAGGAUUUCGGUUUCUACAGACCCGUUUGGCUUGGAGCCCUUCUAUAUUGCUUGUAGGCAUUUGACCUGCUGGGGUGGCUGCUCUCCGGGCACGUAUAUUUUACAUCAGCAGUGUAAAGUGGAAUUACACAAGCAAGUGUGCUAAUCUCCUACUUACAAAACAGGUAGUUUAGUCUUAAAUGCAUCUCACUGCCUGCCACUGUACAGCUUUAGGAUUUAUUGUCACCUUCUGGAAGGUAUAAAAUUCCAGGCUUUCUCUUUCAGUCCUUCCAGACUUGUAACUAUGGCUUUUCAUUCUUCCAAUUCAUGACAAGUUCCAAACUUUGUUUUACUUCACCACAACUUUCUCCCUGUGUGCUUCUCGCUCCCUUUCUGCUGCCUCUCCUCUGCUCCUCAUUCCCACUCUCUCUCCCUCUCCGUAUCACACUUCUGCAAUCCAGGAACUUUGAUAACCUGCUUAAUAUCCCAAAGGGCAGGUUCCUCUUAUUCCUUAGUUCUAAUCUCAUGUCUUUUAAAAAUGAUUUUGUAAACCUCUCUGAACCUUAAGGGAAAUCUGAUGGUGCUCAGGAAUCACCUCCCCUACCCCCACACCCCCUCCGGCCUACUCCCUUUAACUGCUUCUAAGUUAUCUCAAUUGACCUUUCUUAGUUUUUUUUUCUCUUUCCAUUUGGUACUCCAAGCACUUUUUGGUUUGUCUCUAAGUUGAGCGCUUGGAGGUUGACAGGUAGUGAAGUGUAGUUUGACACUGUUAAUAUGUUAAAUGAACGCAGUGAAAAGUUUGUUGAUGAGUGAAGAAUGUUGAGAAAAUUAUAUUGCUUUGUACAAAUAAAGAACAUUCUUGUUAAAAGUGA